AAGAGGAUUGUGGGCCUUGUAGGAAUCCUAAAGGAAACCCAUUGGUUCAUUGUGUAAUUCGUGGUCAAAAGACACUACAACUCCCAUGGCAACUUUGUGAAUCAUAUGUUUCGUGGUGUUCGGUUGGACCGAAUUUGAGAGAUCGCUAUCGGAACAGUCAGCCUGGUUGCAGCCAGUAGGCUAUAGGUAGACAGCAGUGGGUUUAAUCCAUCCAGAGUCAUGUAUAGGAAGUGACGAUUCUCCGCCUGUCAUCCUGGUUGUGACAAAGCAAUGGAACAAGACGAGCUCGAGACCCGGUUUGAUGCCGCAGUGCGAGUGAUACGGAGUUUACCCGAAGAUGGUCCAUAUCAGCCAGCGGAUGGCAUGAUGCUCAUGUUUUAUAGUUACUACAAGCAGGCUGCGCUGGGGCCAUGUAAUAUUCCAAGACCCACAGGAUACUGGGACACUGCAGGCAAAGCCAAGUGGGACGCAUGGAACUCACUGGGGAACAUGUCGAAGGAGGAAGCCAUGCAAGCGUACGUCAAUGACAUUCAGCUGAUUCUGGAGACUCUUCCAGUCACAGAGGAGGUGUCUGAUCUGCUGGAGGCUCUCGGGGGGUAUUUCUUCGAAGAAGUGGAGGGAGGAGUGGAGGAAGAGAAGGAAGAGGACAAGAGGGCCUACAGCAGGCCUUUCGCAGCAGCUGCAGUGGAAAUGCAGAUGCAAACUGGGUAUAUCCACAAACCAAAGAUGGAAGGCUUUGGGAGUCUGGAAAUCUGGAAGGAUAUUCAAACCAAAGUCCCAGAAAGCAAAAUAAAUGGCAUGACUAUGACUGACAAGGAGGAAAGCAAAAGCACUGAUAAGGAGGAAGAGGAGGAGAAGGAGGAGGAGAAAGUGGACAGUGAUGAGGAGGAGGAAGAGGAGAAGGAGGAGGAGAAAGUGGACAGUGAUGAGGAGGAGAAGGAGGAGGAGAAAGUGGACAGUGAUGAGGAGGAAGAGGAGAAAGUGGACAGUGAUGAGGAGGAGGAGAAGGAGGAGGAGAAAGUGGACAGUGAUGAGGAGGAAGAUGCAGAUGAUGAAGCGGAGGAGGAGAGAGAGAGGAAGUCCCCAGGCCCUGACAUGAAUCUGCUCAGGGUGAAGGACCGCAGGUGGAGGUCAGAGGUCAGCUCGUCCAACGGCAGUGUGGAGCCCAGCGUCUCCUCCAUGACCAAUGGGACACAGAGCUCCCUCAACAGUGAGGUGGAGGAAGAGGAACUGGCCUACUCCAAAGAUCCCCUACUGGAGAACCGCUACAGGCAUCUGAACAGACACCUCAGUGAGCGUCUUCGAGUCAACGACUCGGACAAUGAGGAAUUCUGUGAUUCAAUGGAACAUUUAGCCAUGGAGGAGGAAUCGGGAAUACCCAGGGUACACUCCUCCGGGACAAGGGCAAGUCAAGCUAAGAGGAGGAGUCUUCAGGGAGAGACCGUGGAUGAGGACCUGAGUCUCCAGGAAGACUCCCCUCACAGGGAGGGGCUUCAUACAGAACGACGUGACAGUUGCUGGUCAAUGAGUGGAAUAGGUUCCAGGUCAUCGGGGCUAGGUUGCGGGUCACAGAUUUUUACCAGUGAAAAUGCUGCAGAGGGCUGGGUUAUGCAGAUCAGGACUGAGGCUGUUGCCAGUGCUAACCUUAACGAGCACAUCGCCAUGGCGCUGACCAGGCUGCAGGAGGACAUGGCUAACGUGCUUCAGAGGCUUAACACUCUGGAGGCCCUGACCACAUUACAGACUAGAUCACUUUCUCAGGCUAGACAAGAUGACUCCUUAUCCCUGGCAAGAAAGAGUCCUUCGUGGUGGCCUUUGCACCUGUCUCCUACCACUGUGGUGUUUGCUACAGUCUGGCCUUUGAUUUCUCAUUGGCUGGUUCAUAUUUACCUGCAACGAAAGAGGAAAAAGAUAAGCUGAGGAUCGAGUGUUGUUAUUCAAGCAAGCCAAACUCGAGGGAGAAUUGCCUCUACUUUUGUAUAGAAAUUGUACUUUUCAUUUAAAUUCUCUAAAUGGCACUGUUUGGCACUGGACACCAGCUGUAAUUGUACAGAGAGGUGAUUUGUAAUACAAGGUUUGCUUACCACUUGAAAAAUGUGUAAUAUUAUUUUGACACCCCACUAAUGCCAUACAAUAUUGUAACUUCAUGGAUCGGUUUCCCGGAUUCCUAUUGGACUAAAAACCACUUUCAAUGGGGAUUCUCCAUUGAAGUCCAAGAGCUGGGCUCUUAUAGCUUAAUAUUUUCUUACCACAAUGACAUAGUGAACCACAGACUUGCUUGACCAUUUGCUCUAAUUUAAAACAGGGUGCAGCGGCACAAUAUAUAUUACCCCUUUGUCACCUAGAAUUAUAUUAUGGUUUCCGUUUCUCAAAAAUAGGCAAUACAUGAAAGUUUGUCAAAUGUAUACCCAUAAAAGUAGUGUACACUGGCCUCCAAACAAAAUGUCACAAGUUUUACAUGGCACUGCCUGAGGGGGAUCAAGACACAAUAGAUCUAUUGAUGUGGCGUUGAGGUCUAUGGACAGAACUAGAUUUUAUACAGUAUUUAUUAACCAUAUUAUAGUAUAUACUUAAGCGUACUCCUACUUGACAUUGAUGUUGAUGAAUAACCUUCCAACUAACACUAAUGGAUUAUAUAUUAAUAUUGUAUUCCCAAUAUAGCUAAAUAUUUCAGAAUAUUUAUCAAAGAAAUCCCAGAAGAACAUACAACAUUCAUUAAUACAGAGGGAUGAGGAAGGUUUCUGUGUGGAUCAAAGGCUGAAAAUUAUUGUACAAUAUCUGCUGUCUAUUAUCAUUUGCAAUGAGCCCAAAUCAUUCACUUUCAGAAAGAAAUCCUGUAGGAAUGGUUCAUUUUCCUAAUCUUAUGUAGAGAUUGUAGGUUUAUUUUCAUAAUGUUAUGUAGAGAUUGUAGGUUUAUUUUCUUAAUGUGAACACAUUGUGUAAUUUAUGAGAAAUGAAUGACAGAAAACAACACUAUAGUGCAAAAAUAUUGUAUUUGUAGUAUUUAAUUCAAUUACAAAGAAUGUAUCUAAGUAGCCAAUUGAUGAUUAUACAAUUAUAACCAGAGAUGCACCUGCAAAUUGCAAUAAAGCCUUGUUCACAAUG